AUGACCAAGAUCAAGAAGAUCAAGAAGUUCGGCGAGACGAAGCGUCUCCUCUCGCCCAACGAUGCCCGACUCAAGCAGAACCAGGUCAAAGUUGCCGCCAAGAAGACGAAAAGCGCCGAUGACAAGCCUCAGGUGCGCCACAUUGACACGCCGGCGUCGUCGAUGUUCUUCGAGCACAACACGCAGCUCGGCCCUCCCUACCGCGUCCUGGUCGACACCAACUUUAUCAACUUCAGCCUGCAAAACAAGAUCGAGCUCGUCCAAGGCAUGAUGGAUUGCCUUUUUGCCAAGAGCAUCCCGUGCAUCUCGACCUGCGUCCUCUCCGAGAUCGAGAAGCUGGGACCCAAGUACCGCAUGGCGUUGCGCGUGGCGCGGGAUCCGCGCUUCGAGCGCCUCGAGUGCUCGCACAAGGGAACUUACGCCGACGACUGCAUCAUCGAACGCAUACAAGCGCACAAGUGCUACAUCGUCGCCACCUGCGACCGCGAGCUGCGACGCAGGGUCAGAAAGGUGCCCGGCAUCCCGCUCAUGUACAUCGCCAAGCACCAGUACCGCAUCGAGAGGCUGCCCGACCAGGGCAUGGCCAACUAG